UUACUUUUCUAUUUCAGAAAGAAUGCUCAGCUAUGGACAGUGCUUUGACUGCUGGAAAGCUCAUUGACAUGAAAUGGAAGCUAGGAGUAGCAGUCAGCAGUGAUGAAUGUAAAUCAUUGAAUUCACCUUAUGUUACCAUGACACUCAAAGUUGCAGAUCCAUCAGGAAAAAUAUCAACCCACUCCAGGGAGAUGACAGUACCACAGUUUCAGAAUUUUUCACAGCAAAUGAAGGAAAUGGCCAAUAAGAUGGAAAUGGUUUGAGAAAAAAAAGUAUAGCGGUUAGCACUCAAGGAAAUGAGGAUAAGCUAGUUUCAGACCUUAAAAGACUGUGUUCAAUCACUCUUAUGAAACGGAAAGAAACAACACUCAUUUGGAAUACAAGCAUUAAUAUAAAGGAACAUUAAUAUAAAUAUUUCUUUUGAAGCAAAAUAUGUGCAAAACAAGUUGAAUUAGCCGUACAAACUAACUAAAAGGAUUUAUUUACUACUAAAAACUUUUGUACAUAUUCUAAAGACAUUCAGUUUCUUAGGCAUUUUAUAAUGAAUUCCUGACUGUACCACUGUUAGAUCUGAGAAUUAUUGGUUUCAUAUUGAAAUAAUCGUAGAUCUGAAAGUCAUGUAGUGCAUAAUGCUUUUUGUCUACUUUACUUUUAUGUUUUAUUAUUUAUUAAAUUAAUUCAUAAAUCAUGAUUAACAAUAAUUUAUUGAUUUUGGAGAAGACACAAGGAAUGUCACUGAGUUCUGUUCCAUUAAUGGUUCUUAAAUUGACACAUGAUGUGUAUCAAACAAAAUAUUAUCUUACUUAAUAAAGCAUCUUUUGAUUCAUUUUCUUAGUGAAAAUAACUACAUGUAGUUUACAUUAUUUUAGUUUCAGGUAGCUUGUCAUCCCCUGCUGUAAGUUUGUGUUCUGUUCAUGCACUUAUGUUGUUAUUUUAUAAUUUAUAUGUUCUGUUUUACUAAUUAUUUCAGUGAAUGAUUAGUUAGCAUGAAUAGUGCAUGUUAAAAAAACAUGGACCAAGUUAAAAUUUUGACAAACUUACUCUUUGAUUAUCUCCCUUAGUCCAGAAAUCACUUGGAUAAAAAAACCAGAUUAUAAAUGCUGUAUUCAGUACACAAUAGGUGAGAAGGGGAAAUAUUGUCCCCUUUAUGUGAAAAAGUUAAUUUUCCUUAUUUUUUCCUUAUAGUUAAUAUGAUGCUUAGAGUUAAAAGGAUGGAAAUUAUUACUGUUGGCAUAUCUCCAAUCUGUCCAGAAAUAAAGACAAAAACUAGAGAUAUCAAUCACACUUCCAAGUGAUCAACUUCAGUGUGAAAGAUUUAGUUACAAUGUGUGCAUCUUUAAUCUUGAUAAAGUUGCACAGUUUGUCAAUAAAUAUGAAUUUUUUCCUGAUCAUGUUUCUAUUGGACAGAGAUAUUAUCAUACUAAAAUUUCUUUUCAUUUUUGCCUUAUUGCAUAAUUUUUGUUCCACACAAGGUGGUUCUAGUUUCCUGUUGUUUUAGAUAUUUGUUUCCGAGGAUUAAUGUGUUAGAAUUGACAAGGAAAUCAUACCCCUCAAAAAACAGGUGGUCAUGUAUUAAACUCAAUUUUUAAAAAUAUAGAUUUCAGAUAUUAAGAAUAGUUGGGUACUAGUGACAUUUUCAAUUUUUAUUUGGAAAGUUUUGUGCAUAGUAAUAUUAUCAUUCACACAACCUUCUUCAUUUUUUGUGUUCUUUGUUUCCCUUUAUAUACAAUAUGUGAAUUUCACUAGUAUUAGUCCUUGAAAUGAGAUUGUAUGAUGUUGAUCUGCAAAUAUGCAUAACUAGGUGAAAGACAUUUAUAAAAUAAAGUUUUAAAUGUAUAAAUGUUAGAAUUGUCAAAUUUGGUAAUUAUGCUAACCAGUAUUGGAAAAAA